CUUAGUCUCUUCCUCUGACGCACACACAAACACACGCCCAUGGCCGUCCUCUUGCCCCAGCUGCAAUUAUCAACAGAGCGUUUUACUUCCCUAGGUUGAAGGCAGCUCUUUCCAGGACAUAUUGCGACUAAGACGCUACAGAGAUCAUAAUGAGUGUCCCUUUGGGUUACAAACAUGACUAUCAUUAUUAUGAACAUGAUAAUAGUUCCAACCACAGUGACUACGACUAUAAUGAUUUUGCAGACUUCCACACAGUCUGCGACAAACAAGAGGUCAGGUCCUUCGCUGGGGUUUUUUUGCCAGUCAUCUACACCCUAGCAUUGAUCCUGGGCAUGGCCGGAAACUCACUGGUCGUCUUAGUUUACCUUUCCCACAAACACUUACGAACACUGACGGACGUCUUCAUCCUCAACCUGGCAUUUGCAGACCUCCUCCUGCUCUUCACACUGCCCUUCUGGGCUGCAGAUGCAGUGAAUGGCUGGGAGAUUGGCACAGCGGCCUGUAAGAUCACUUCAGCUCUCUACACCACUAACUUCAGCUGUAGCAUGCUGCUGAUGGCCUGCAUUAGCAUAGACCGCUAUCGUGCACUAGCCAGAGGCUCGGCCAUCGCCAAUGCCCCAGCCAGGAACAACGCCCGCAGGCAGAGGAUAAUCAUGUGCCUCCUGGUUUGGGGACUUGCCAUUAUCCUCGGAUUGCCAGAUAUGGUGUUCUACAUGGUGAAGACGCAGCACUCAAGUGGGCGUAAUGCCUGCCGGGCAGUUUACCCACACAGCAUGGCGCGGGAAGCUAAGGCAACUCUGGAAAUUCUGGAAGUGUCUCUGAGCUUUCUACUGCCUUUCCUGGUGAUGAUGUUCUGCUAUUGCAGGGUUGGAAUUGUGUUGAGUCAAGCAGCAACAGCGGGUGUACGUGGUGGAAGAAGAUGGCGGGCAUUUCGAGUGUUAAUAGCAGUAUUAGGUGUGUUUUUGUUGACCCAGCUCCCCUACAAUGUGGUAAAAUUAGUCAGAGCCCUGGAUGUAAUUUACAUUUUAGUGACGGAGUGUGAAAUGAGCAAAAACCUGGACCGUGCCAAUCAAAUCACUGAAAGUCUGGCCCUCACACACUGCUGCCUGAAUCCUGUGCUCUACGUCUUUAUUGGCUCGUCCUUCAAAAUGCACAUUUUGAAGCUCGCCAAGCACUGCGGGCAGACAGGAAGAGGGUACCACCAUGGCAACGAACAGCCCACCGUUGAGAUCUCCCUUAAGUCAGGCACACAAACACAAACUGACUCUUCGUCGGACAAUGAAGACACUAGUACGUUCACCAUAUGACACAGCAAUAUCUUCAGCAAUGAGGACUGCCAACUAUAUUGCAGGACAUUAUUUUAAGGGAAAGUUAAAGCGUUUAAGUAACUUUGACAAUAAUGUAAAGUUAUCAUGUAUAAAGUUCAUUAAGUCUGAAAUAUAAUUAAGUUUUGAUGUGGUCGCUAAUGUGUGUAUACAGUUAAACACAGCUUUUCAAAGAGUAAUUUGAUUAGAUUUUUUGUUAACAAAUGAACACAGGCACUCAUUAGAAUGUUUAAUUUUUUGUUCAGUGUCUGCACUAUUUCCACUCAUUUAAACUAGAGUAUAUUUUAACUUGUCUCAACAAUGCUCAACAAUAUGGGCAUCUAUUGUAAUUGUCACUGCCGAAUCCACUAUGU